UACAAGUUCUUUUUUUUUUUUUUUUGUGUGACAAAAACCCAAACCCAAAAACGGUUAAGAACAAGGGAAUAAAAGAGUCAUUUUCCUCUUUCCUCUCCAUAUUCUUCUCCUGAUUUUCCUCUUUUCAUUUUCUUCUCUUUUCUGGUAAUAUGAACAAGUUCUGAGCUGUGACCAUUAGACCAACAACAGUCUUUAUAUCUUCUUUUAGUUCUUUCUCUCUCCCUUUUAUUUCCUUCUCCUGUUUUAAGUUCCUAUUUCUUAAAAAAAAAACCGGCAUUCUCAUUUUAUUUUACCUCCACUUGCUGCCUCGGCUUGCUCUUCAGGUCAGAGGACAAAGAUCGGUGUAAAUCAAAGAAGGACUUACAUAUGAAUAACAAAGGGAGUCAGAACGUUGCAACCUGCAAGCCUGUCACUACAUUUGUCCAAACUGACACCAACACUUUCAGAGAAAUUGUGCAGCGCUUGACAGGUCCAUCAGAGAACAACGCUGCAGCAGCAACACCAGAAGCAACAGUGAUAAAAACCGCCAUACAAAAGAGGCCGACUUCAAAGCUCCAUGAGAGAAGGCAAUGUAUGAGGCCAAAGCUUGAAAUUGUCAAACCUCCUCUAAGCUUUAAGCCCACUGAAGGGGAGAAAGCAGAACCAGAUAGUUGUACAACAAACAUCGAAGAAGAGGAGAAAGCCAUUAAAGAGAGACGCUUUUACUUGCAUCCAUCGCCAAGGUCUAAACCAGGGUAUACAGAACCAGAAUUGCUUACUUUGUUUCCUUUAGCAUCUCCCAAUUCGAGUGGAAACCAUAAACCCGACAGAUUAAUCAUAAGCUUGUUCUCUGUCUAUUACCCCCCAAGAUUUGUAACAUGUAGAGUUUCACAACAAUAG